GGUGUUUCCAAAUCGGGACGCACUUCUCUGCCCUCAUCGCACGAGACGACCCAGACGACCUCGUCCUCGCACUCUCGGCCGGUCGCCGCUGUUCUGCACGACGAGGAGUGCAUCGUCCGCCUGUCAGUCGGUCAUAUCAUACUGGAAAUCCUCAUUCACGACUUCACGCCCUCACGACCCUUAUCAUGUCCACUACCGCUAACACCACCGAGUCCUGCACUCUCACGUCCUUCCUCCCCACCUCGUCGUAUACCCUUGCAUACGCUUUACCUCUUUUGUUUAUCUCCUUUCUGCUUACCUAUGCCGGCGCCUUUCUGACUUUGGAUCGGACGAGAACAUUCGCUCCCAGUGGAGACACGCUUGACUUGAAUGUGCCUUCUUCGUACAUCCCCACCAAGAAGAGGAGAUUCGUCUGGUUACUGGAAGGAGGCCUGGGUGGAUUGGCUUCAGGCUACGCUUUUGGAGUACACUGCUCGACAUUCCUCUCCCUGCUGAUUCCGAACACAUCCUCCUCAGUUCCCUUAAAUUCUAAGUCGUUCCUUGCCGUAUGGGUGCUUUCAGCGGUUGUCACGACCAUACUUGCUGGCCGCUGGAAGUACACCGCCCUUCUUUUUGCAGGCAUCUCAGGCGGCACGACUCUGGCUCUCUCCUUCUCAGUGAUCGUCCACCCAUCUCUUCUAACGCGCAUCGUCCUUCCGUCCGUGUCCAUUCCUAUCUUGACCAUCCUCGUACUGCUCCCCUUUCCCCGAGUUCGGCAUGCCUCUCUUCGUAUCGCGUGUUCAUCGACCGGCGCGUUCGGCUUGGUUGUAGCUAUAGCCAUACUAAAUGGUGUGGAGCCCUGGGCGGAUGUCUGGCAACGACUGUGGGUAAGCGAUGGCCCCGGCUGGGGCGUUAGUAAAGAGCGAGGGUUGAGUGCUGGUUACUGUCUGUUCCUGGCGACUGGUAUUGUCGUGGACUGGUUCUUGAAGCGUCGCUUCGGCGAGAAUCCUGAUCAGAAAUGGGAUAGCUACCUGGCGAACUACACCAAGUACCUCCCGAACGCUGCAGAUCGGGCGGGCCAGUUUCAGCCACUACGAUCAGCGUGGUCGAGGUGGUUCCCCUCACCAGCCGAGGACAAAGACCCGCUAUUCCCUCCAGGCGCAUUCUCUUCAGAUCACGUCUCCUUCGCUGAUGACGGCGUGAAGAAGGAUAUCCUCCUUCCUCCUUAUUCUCCUGGUCCAAUGGCUGGGAAGUUGCAGAAGAACCGGUCUGUGAGCAUUAUGGACCCCAAAGGGCAGGAUGAAAUCUUCGAGUAUGAACGUCGUCCGGCGUUUCUCAGGAAAGCGAGCUCUAAGAGGCUCGGCACUGACGGGAAACGCACCCGGGAGGCGAUCAAAUUCCGACCGCUCGCAGUGGAUGAGCUCUCCAGCGAUUCGGAGGACGACUCAUAUGACCUGAAGAAGAAGCCUCUUGAACCGCCUCGUCCAACGGGGUUUGUGCUGAAAAAGACUGCGAGCGUGGGCUCCGGAACUACUGCUGUCGAGGAGCUCGACAUGGAGAAGGAGAAGAAGAGGAUCGGCAAGUCGUUGACUGUUCGCAACGAUAUACCCGAGUACUCGGACUAUGAGGAAGACGUGACCGUCAGUGCGGCAAAGGAACGAUUGCAGAGGGAGGAAGAAAGGCAUAGCCCUGGCUGGAGUCCCGAAUUCAUCAGGCGCGCCUCACUUAACAGCUCGAGUUCUCGAAGUAAAGGUAGUGUAUCGAGCUCGCAGGCUACGGCCGUUGGCCGGAAUGAAUUGGUCCCUCCUCCGGGUGCCGUGCCUAUGACCCCCUCACUCAUCAAGGCCGUCGACAGAAUUGCCGCUGCUCAACAGGCCGUGUAUGGGGCUGGCGGCUCCGCUUCCCUGACAUCAACACACGUCUUGCCUGGGGAUGGCGCGGACGAAGUUCUGCCGAGUUCACCGGCAGACAAGGGUGUAAGAUGGGACGCGUUUUGGAGAGACGUCAAGGCAAAGGCAGCGCAGGAGACGAGGUGAUAUACUUACUGGACUCGGGAGAGAUUAUUUAUCGGUUCGGCGGACUUACGCGACGUUUGUUACGAGUUCAUGACCUUAACGACUUAUUCUUAUUGUUGACUUUUGCUUUUGCUUGACUUAUUGCAUUAAGAUCGUUUGUAGAUGCUUCAGUUCAGCGCUAUUUAAUACUGUAUGAUAUUCGUCAACCUUCGAGGCAGUAAGAAGACCAAUAAAUUAGCGAAAGCGCAGCAAUACACGAGAGUAAGGGUACAGGAUGUGAAGAUGAGACAGCAGGACUAACUGGCGUCGUAUUGGGGAACUAUGUCUUCCGUCGUUUCCUGCUCCCACCGCCCUCCUCCCUUUCCGUUUCCCGUUUACUCUUGAUGCCCGCUACUCGCAUGAUUUCCUUCCUCUUUUCCUUAUCCUUCUCGAGCUUCUUACUCUCCUCCUUCUCUAUCUUCUUCAUCCGCUCAGCCUUCCUCUCCUGCUGCUUCUCGCGACGUCGAGCAACUUGGUCCUUUCUCAAUGCACGGAUCUGCUGCAGGAGAGCGAUGGCUUUCUUCUCCUCAG